CCAGUUUGGCAAACAAAUCAAAACUCAAAAUAAAAUUUUGGUCGCUCACCAAUGUCAUUCACAAAGCAUUAAAAAUAUAUUUAUCCUUUUUAUCUUUCUUAUUAAUUUGAUAAAAUGUGUAAUUAAUAAUAUAAAAUUAAUUUUUAUUUACAACAUCAUAGUUUACGUAAUUGAACAUGGAGGAAGAUAAAGAAGAAGGUGAAAUGAGUGAUGAUACAGAAAUGGUUGUAGACGAGGAACGUGUAACUAACGAUAAUGAUACAAAAUGUACCGUGCUUUAUACAGCAGAUAAAAAUGGACCCCUUGUAAAAAAGUUGACCAAAGUUGAUGCUACAAAGCUUGAAGAGAGAGCAAAACGUUUUGGUCUAGACCUCAGUGGCAAUAGAGUGGUCACACAGAAACAAAUUGAUGAGCUUUACAAUAAUUUUGGCAUUGAAAGUGGAAAUGAAAGACAUUUUAGAUUUGAUACAUUGCAUUUGAAUGGUGUACAUGGUCUGACAACAAAGGAAAUUUUUCAGUACUUAGAAGAUUACAAACCAGUGUCUCUGGAAUGGAUAGAUGAUAAUUCAUGUAAUAUUGUCUGUCAGGAUGACAUAUCUGUUGCAUUAGCAUUAUUGGUGCAUUCCAGAGAAAUAAUGAACAAGGACAUAAAAAAUAUGCUAAGUGAAAAGUCCACUUACCAUUGGAGAGAAGGAAUGCCCCAUCCAAACAAAGAUUUAAUAUUGAUGCGUUUUGCAACAAAUAGUGAUAAAAAAAUGACAAUAAAAUUACCAGAACAAAAAGUAAAAGAUGAAGAAAAUUUUACGGAUGUGGGGAAAAAUCCUUGGGGCGAUUUAUGUAGAUCAUGGGGUGUUUAUGAUCAUCAAGAAUUGUUUCAAAGAAAAUUGCCCAAAGUAGAUUAUGAAGACGAAAAUUCCGAAAUACAAGUCCAACCUGUACAGUUAAAAAAUAAAAGAUUAGCUAUGCGACUCGGGAAAAGAACUCUUAGAAGUGAUGAUGAGAGCAGUACUUCAGAUUCAGAGUGGAAAAUAAAAUCUAAAACUCCAAGGAUGAGAAUGCGUGCAGAUGAUGAAGAAUCAAAGCAAAAGAAACAAAACUUAACUAAACAAUUCAAAGUUGAAGAUGAUGAAAGCUUUGCUCCUUUAUCUAUAGAGGUUAUUAACUCUAAAAGUACAUUUACUCCAAGAGAAUCAAAAAAUAUAUCAGAAAAGUUUAGAUACAAAGAAGCAAUAACAAAAAAUGUACAUAGAAAUAUACAAUCAAGAUUAGGUGUUAAGGUAGCACCAGAAGAACACACAAGUUCAAGUGAUGAAUCCUUAUCUAGUGAUUCUGACCAUAAUGUGGUGAGUAGGGUACAAAAGGUUACCAGUAACUUGAAAACUUCUGAUGUGUGGUCAAGAUUGGAAAGUAUGCCACAGAAUGUAGCACAAAAAGAUCUAAGACAAGUUCUGACAACACGCAAACAUAAAUCAGAUGAUUUAAGAGAAAAAAUUGGUAAAUCAAAACAAUGUAAUUUACGUAUUGAAAUAGACAAUAAUUAUACUGAUGAAUAAAUCAAUUUUACAAAUUUUGCUUACUA